AUGUGUUUGUGCCUGCCAACUUCAAUUUCACACUCGCCCACUGUUUUUCGUAGGUUUUGCCCUCUCCGCUCCACAGUCAUGAUCCCUCGGGUCCUUCUGCUCCUGUGGAUCUCCGGACAUGGGGCGGCGGCCAUGUUUUCCCAGCAGCCACAGGACCUGGUGGUAGUGGCUGGCCAGCCUGUGACGUUGCCAUGCUCCAUCCCUGGUUACCAUGGCGUUGUCCUAUGGAUCAAAGAUGGCCUGGCGCUGGGAGUUGGCAGAGACCUCGCCGGCUAUCCUCGUUACACAGUGAUUGGCGACCACGGUUCAGGAGAGCAUCAUUUGCGAAUCCAGCGUGUCGAGCUGAUGGACGACUCCGUCUUUGAGUGCCAGGCCGUCCAGGCUGCCAUGAGGUCCCCGCCCGCCCGCCUCACCGUGCUGGUUCCCCCGGAGGACCCAGUCAUCAGCGGAGGGCCGGUGGUGAGCCUAAGGGCAGGUGACCCGCUCAAUCUGACCUGCCAUGCUGACAAUGCCAAGCCGGCAGCCUCAAUCAUCUGGAUACGCAAUGGAGAGGUCCUGAAUGGGGCCACAUACUCCAAGGUAAGCAUCACGACCUUGCUCCGGGAUGGCAGGAGAGAAAGUACCAUGAGUACGCUCUACCUAUCGUCUUCCAACAUCGAGACAGGUCAGCAGAUCAUCUGUAAGGCCUCCAACAAGGCAGUCCCCAAUGGCAAGGAUACCAGUGUCACCAUUGACAUCCAACAUCUCCCACUUGUCAAUCUCUCAGUGGAGCCUCAGCCUGUUCUGGAGGGCAACCUUAUAAAAUUCCACUGCUCUGCAAAGGCCAACCCGCCCGUCACACUCUACAGGUGGGCCAAAGGAGGAAGCAUCAUCAGGGAGGUCUUCGGAGACACAUACGAGGUCAUUGUGGACCACUCCUUCUUCACGGAGCCCGUUUCCUGCGAGGUCACCAACCCUCUCGGCAGCACCAACAUCAGCCGCAACGUUGACGUCUACUUUGGGCCUCGCAUGGCUGCGGAGCCUCAGUCCUUGCAGGUGGAUCUUGGAUCUGACGCUGUUUUCAACUGCGCCUGGACUGGAAAUCCCUCUCUUACCAUAGUGUGGAUGAAGAGGGGAUCUGGAGUGGUUCUCAGCAAUGAAAACCUCCUGACACUGAAAUCCGUGAGACAGGAGGAUGCUGGGAAAUACGUUUGCCGUGCUGUGGUCCCGCGUGUUGGAGCAGGGGAGAAGGAGGUUUCUCUCACUGUCAAUGGCCCCCCUACUAUCUCCAGUACACAGACUCAGCAGGCUUUACAUGGAGAAAAGGGGCAAAUCAAAUGUUUCAUUCGAAGCACACCUCCUCCAGACCGCAUCGCCUGGUCAUGGAAGGAAACCGUGUUGGAGUCUGGAACGUCCGGCCGCUACACCGUGGAGACCGUCACCACGGAGGAAGGAGUAAUCUCCACGUUGACCAUGAGUAACAUUGUCCCGGCUGACUUCCAGACCAUCUACAACUGCACCGCGUGGAACAGCUUUGGCUCGGACACCGAGAUCAUACGCCUUAAGGAACAAGGUGGGAGCCAAGAAUCUCUCCCGGUGGCGGUGAUCAUCGGCAUUGCGGUGGGAGCUUUCGUGGCCCUCAUAGUCCUCAUGGGCACCAUUGGAGCAUUCUGUUGCACCCGCUCCCAGAGAAAGGAAGCGCACCUGGUUAUGCCCUCACUGCCCGUCUCCAUCUGUGCUCACCAGAGAGAACUUGCAAGCAAAAUUAAGACAGAAAAUCUGAAAGGAGUCGUGUCGGCGAAAAAUGACAUCCGGGUGGAGAUUGUGCACAAAGACCACAAUGCAGCACGGGAAAACGAAGAACACACCUCCAUGAAACAACUGAUGGUGAGUGUGGAACGAGGAGAGUUCCAGCAGGAGUCGGUGCUGAAGCAACUGGAGGUGCUACAAGAGGAAGAGAAGGAGUAUCAGCACAUUAAGGACCCAACAAAUGGCUACUACAGCGUCAACACCUUUAAGGAGCACCACACGCCUACCAUGGCCGGCACUCAGUCCACUGAGGUGAGGAACCCCACCAACACAGGCACCUUGGGCAAGCAGCGGGUGCCAACGGGCAUGUCCUUCACCAACAUCUACUCCACUCUGGGAGCCGGUCCCAACCGUCUCUAUGACUACAGCCAGCGCUUCGUGCUGGGCAUGGGCAGCAGCUCCAUCGAGCUGUGCGAGCGGGAGUUCCAGCGCGGCUCGCUCAGCGACUCCAGCUCUUUUAUCGACACGCAGUGUGACAGCAGCGUCAGCAGCUACAGUAAGCCGGAAGGCUACGUGCAGUUCGACAAAGACAGCAAGGCGUCGGCCUCCUCCUCCUCCCACUAUUCCCAGUCCUCCUCGCAGAACUCAGACCUCACCCGGCCGCUCCAGAAGCGCAUGCAGACCCACGUCUGA